AUCCCCCAACCAACAAACCAACCAACCAACCAACCUGAUAAACCACUGUACGAAUUGAAAGUUUGAAACGAUAAUAAAACGACGCAGUUCCCAUCUUGCUGUCGUUGUCGGCCAAGAAAAACAGAUCGAGCACACAAGGAAGAAGAAUGGGGAGCAACGACGAGCUCAAGUCGGAGGCUUUGCUGGAGCUGAUGAAGCAGCACCUCAACACCGACGCCGGAAAAGCCAUCGUCGAGAAGAUCGGUCUCGUUUAUCAGAUCAACAUCGCACCCCAGAAAAUUGGGUUCAAUGAGGUGAUUUAUACCAUUGAUUUUAAGAAAGGGGAGGUCAAGAAAGGGGCGUAUGAAGGAGGAAAGGCGGAUGCGAUAUUUUCGUUCAAGGACGAGGAUUUCGUGAAGAUUGCGCUGGGGAAGAUGAAUCCGCAGAUUGCUUUCAUGAGGGGCGCCAUGAAGAUUAAGGGCAGCUUGAGCGCGGCCACCAAAUUCACACCUGACAUAUUCCCCAAGCCUUCCAAGAUGUGACUCACUACUUUGUAUCCAGGGGCCUUAAUUACUUGGCUCCAAUAAGUUUCUGAAAUACUAGGUACUUGAAGGAAUUUUAGGUAGAAAUCCAUUGGAGGGUCUCAAUAAGCUGCCUAAUUAGAUGGGCACUCUUGAUGGCUUUAGAAUCUGUAUUUGCUUUUCAGUUGCAUAUUAAAUCUGUCUCCUGCCUCUUGUUAUGUUUAUUCA